UCAGUCAAAUAUGAGAUCAUAUGUUACGCGCCAAGCGGUGAAUAAAAAUCAACGGAUAUAUUUACAAAGCGGUGCAGAUUAAAUGUUUGCUAGUAUAGCCUCAGCAGAGCUUACUUCGAGCUGACCCGGUUCCUCUUUCUUGACGUACCUGAUUUUGAGGUCGUCGAUGAUGAGGGCGUACCUAGAGGUUCUAAGACCCAUUCCUUUGUCAGUCAAGUCGGCUUCCAGUCCAAGUUGUUUGGAGAACUCCGCAUAGGUGUCGCUGAUGAAAAUGAUCGAACCGUCGCUGUUGUGUGAUUUACCCCAGGCGGAAAGAACAAAUGGGUCAUUAGCGCUGAGGAAAGCGAUAACGUCUACGCCUUUAUCGUGGAUUUCCUGUGCCUUCUCAAUGAAAGGUGGGUGCUUCAUAUGGCAAGAAGGCGUGAAUGCACCUGGUACACUGAUAAUGACAACUUUCUUGUUCUUCCACUCAGAGUGUGCGUUCAGAGUGACAGGCACGCCACAGACGUCGAUAGACUCCUCUGUGUAGGGGAUAUACUUGAAUUUAGCAUCUGGGAUAACGUCACCGAUGUUUGCUACCAUUUCGUCCUCGUUGUCGUUCUUCAAGAGCAGCGACGAGGAUGUCAUCUAUAAGGAGGCCGGUAAAGCCUAAAAUAAAACCGCCAAAAAAGAUUGACGGUGGCAGAUCAAAGGAGGAGAAUUGGGCGAGACUAGCCUCAGCUAUUAGAGAAAUACAGAACCACAAUGCAUCCAAACUCUCGUUUGAAGAGACUUACCGCAGCGCAUACACCCUCGUACUCAACAAGCACGGUCAGAGGCUAUAUGAUGGCCUAUCUGAGCUCACAGAGCAAUACCUUCGUGCACUCACAAAACGAUACAUCAUACCAAUAUCAACGAACCAAAUGAUACUGACCCACAAGUCAAAUUCCCUAGAUCAGCUAUCUAUCUUGAAUGCAGGCGAGGUUUUCCUCAAAGCUCUUAUUCAGCUUUGGGACGACCACACAGCAUCGAUGACUAAACUUCGCGAUGUCUUGAAGUACAUGGACAAAGUGUACACGCCCACGAAGAACGUCGCAUCCACUUGGGAACUUGGCUUGAAUUUAUUCAGGGAUGUCGUUCUCAACAAUUCUGAGACAUCAACAGACAUACAAUUUACACUUUUUGCAGUCAUACAUUCACAAAUAUGCUUAGAGAGGGAUGGUCAGGUUAUCGAUAGAUCAGCUCUUAAAUCCUGUUGCGAUAUCCUUUUCGAGUUAUCGGAACUCUCACCCGUGCACUUAAAGAGCAAAACAAAGAGCUACAUCCCACCAUCGCCGUAUGAGAAAUCAAUAUACACAGUGCUCCUAGAGCCACAACUUAGAGCGGAGACAGAGAAAUACUACAGAGAUGAGGCGACAAGCUUCCUAGAAUCGAACGAUAUUCCUUCCUACUUGAAACGCGUAGAAAGCAGACUCGAAGAGGAAAGCAAUCGUUGUUUACAUUACCUCAGUCAUAAUACAUCGCCGAUAUUUAAGCAGAUUUUGGAAAAAGAGCUAAUUAGUAACAAAAUAGACGAAAUACUCUCAAAUUCUGCUACUGGCUUGGUUAAUAUGAUAGAAAAUGAUUCAAUUGACAUCCUUGGGCGAUUGUAUAACUUAUUCCAAUUGAUACCUGAAGAUGGCCCAGUGAAUCUAAGGCGAGCCAUCAAACAUGACGUCAUUAGACGCGGCCAGAGUAUCAAUUCUGACAUUAUGACACUGGUAGAUGAUUCAAAAUCAUCGAAACAGCCUUCAACUUCUAUGUCAGAAAAGAAACCUAGCGGUGGAAGCGAUGCCUCAACACUAAGCUUGGCUUUACAAUGGGUCAGACAAACUCUCACAUUGAAGCUGAAAAUGGAUAAUCUUUGGCAUACAUCUUUCAAAGGUGAUUUAGAUAUACAGACUUCUAUUAAUGAGGGCUUUGAGACUUUCAUUAAUAUGAAUCCUAAAGCAUCUGAGUUUAUCUCUCUCUUCAUUGAUGACAACCUCAAGAAGGGUUUGAAGGGUAAGACUGAAGAUGAAACAGAUCAGAUCUUGGACGAGACUAUAAUCUUAUUUAGAUUUUUGGUUGAUAAGGAUGUCUUUGAAGUGUUCUACAAGAGACAUCUCGCUCGUCGAUUGAUUCAAGGUAGAUCAGUUUCUGAUGAUGCGGAACGUGGUAUGCUUGCUAAGUUGAAGGUUGAAUGUGGUGUACAGUUCACACAGAAGAUGGAGGGUAUGUUUAAUGACAUGCGAACAUCUGCUGAUAAUAUGAAAUCAUUCAAAACCUACAAAAACACCAAGGAGAAGGAAUCAGAAAAUGCAGAUUUGAACGUAAACGUCUUGACGGCAUCGUAUUGGCCAAUUUCAGCUCAAGUCAAUACUUGUACACUUCCAGCUGAGAUGAUGAGAUUGCAGCAGCAGUAUGAGAGAUUCUACCUGCAGCGUCACAGCGGUAGGAGGAUGUUAUGGCAAGUCACACAAGGUAGUGUCGAUCUAAAGGUAGAAUUCCAAAACAGAAAAUAUGAAAUCAAUGUCUCGACGCUUGCUGCGAUUAUAUUAUUACUUUUCGAGAAUGUGGAUGACGAAGAAUGGGUCAGCUACCAGGACAUAAUGAAUGCGACGAACAUAGCCGAGGGUGAACUUAAGAGGAAUCUUCAAACGCUUGCUUGUGGGAAAUACAAACUCUUAGAGAAAGAUCCAAAAAGUAAAGACGUUAAAGUAACUGACAAGUUUAGAAUAAACAACAACUUUAGCUCCCCGUUGGCGAAGAUAAAGAUAGCAACAAUCGCAAACAGAGUAGAGACGACAGAAGAGCGUAAACAGACCGAUGAAAAGGUGGAAGAAGAGCGCAAGCAUCAAACUGACGCUUGUAUUGUAAGAAUAAUGAAAUCAAGGAAACAAGCAUCACAUAAUGAGGUCAUAAUUGAAGCUACGAAGAUACUAGGAUCGAGAUUCGCACCAACACCACAAGCUAUCAAAAAGCGAAUAGAAGCAUUGAUAGAGAGGGAAUACAUUGAAAGAACUGAAAAUCGCAUGAUAUACCGCUACGUCGCUUGAACCACAUAUGUCAUCAUGGAGGAUUGGCUGAAACGACGUAAAGAGCUCAAGAAUAUAAAAUUUGAUGAUAAUAAUGUAAAAUUUAAUCAAUUGCACAUAAAUCAAAAAGAUUUCAUAAAGCUCAAACUGAUAUCGAAGGGACAGUUCGGCAGUAUCGAGUUAGUGAAGUGCAAGCUAAAUGGAUCAUUUUACGCGUUGAAGGUUAUGAAUAAGGGCUUCAGUAAACGUAAUAUCGGCUUCAGCAAUCCGACGAAUGAGAAAGCUGUACAUCUAUUAGCAGCAACGAGAAAUACUAGUAAUUGCCUACCACUCGUAUCAGCUUUCCAAUCACCUGAUGAUUUAUUCAUCCAACUUCCGCUAGCGAUAAACGGGAAUUUACUCGAAUUAUUAGAACAAAAUACGCGUUUUGAAACUAAAACUAUAAAGCUCUACUCGUCACAGCUCUUAAAUGCUCUUACUUGGUUACAUGACGAUAUUGGCUGGUUACAUAGGGAUAUCAAACCACAAAAUAUCCUAUUAUCAUCAAAUGAUCACAUACUCCUCACAGACUUUGGCGCUGCUGUGCCGCUUCUUAACAAUACUCGUAAAGCUAAGAAAUCUGACAGCUUAGGUUUGGUCGGUACAACAGAUUAUGUCUCACCCGAGAUACUGCUGGCUGCAGAAGAAUACUUGAUUGCUGAGCAGACGGGAUCAUCUAUUCAUUAUGAUGAGAAGUCGCCUGGAUUAUAUGGUCCUGAGACAGAUUGGUGGAGUUUUGGUGUUGUCCUGUUCGAGCUCGCGUACGGAGUUACGCCAUUCUUCGCAGAAACUGUUGGAGAGACAUACAACAAGAUCAGGCAACGCAGUUACACACUCGGGCAAGAUACGAAUGGGGAACUACGCCAUUUACUUGAUUGCCUCUUUAAACCCCAAACUGAGCGCUUAGGUUAUUAUGGGACAAAGGAGGUACGCAAUCAUGCCUUCUUCAGACACACAGAUUGGGAAAGCAUGUCGAAGCGUAAAAUCCAAACUACAUACUUUGACAAAACGCUCGAUGAACUGGUUGAAGAUGACAGUAUUGCCGUAGAACAACCAGCACCUCAAAAGGCGUUCGAUUUCAGUGCAUUAUUCCAAGCAGCCGAUUCAAUAAGUUUGGAAGCCUUCAAUGAAUCUUUCCAACAAUCUAAUAAUUGGAAUGAAUUCAAUUAUAUACCACCAGUACAAGAUUUAUUCCCGUCAUAUCAUACAAGGAAGACACCUGAAACACCAUUCAAAUUGUCGUUCAACAAUACGACAUCGACGCACAAGAAUAGAAACUUAUCAGAAGAGCAAGCGUUUAUAGAGAUGCAGCAAUGUGUUGGACUGUCUGCUAAGAAGAGGUUGGAUUAUAGCUUCAACUUGGAUACCCUCCCUCGAGCAGUCUCUUACAGCAGUGAUUUAUCAUCUGUCGAUGACAACACUCAGAAUGAUGGAGGCGGCUACCGAGAAUCUCCAUUAAAGAGGGUAGAAUCGCGAUCGAGUCUGUCACGUAUGAAUUCUCAGCAAUCGGUACACCAACCAAGUUUGUCACGAAUGAACUCCCAACAAUCUAUCCAUCAUCCUGGUUUGUCACGGAUGAAUUUCCAACAAUCUAUCCAUAAUCCUAGUUUGUCUAGAAUGAAUUCUCAGCAAUAUGUCAAACAACCAGCUAGACCGGCACUGAGGAAGAAUUUCAAGUCUUCACCCAAUAUGAGAUUAGAUAGCGGCCCACGCGAGAAUUCAUUAUCGACCAGAGCAAGUUCAUCUAGGCUCGCGCGACCAUCUAGACUUAACGUUCUCGACGAUUUGCCAGAAAACGAAAAUAACAAUCCAACCACAUCUACACCACAUGCUCCGAAGAAUCUGCACUCUAGGAUGGAUAAUUUGAAAAAACGCCAUGAUGCAUUGCUUAAAGAUCUUAACCAGACUAGUAGGAGGCAUGAAAAACUCCUAGCGAGAUCAUCAUCUAGGCAAAGUUUAAGACAGUAGU